CGCCCUUCUCAACAUCCGACUUCCUCAAGCUUUCAAAAUGAAAGUCUUGGUCGUCAUUACUGCCCUCGCCACUCUGCUGAUGCCCACGUAAGUGCUUGUUGAUAUCUGGGCCCACAUCCCGUCUUUUUACCUUCCUCUGCCAUCAGCCACGGUGCUCUCAGACAGUGUGCCGGAACAGACAAUGACUACGCAUAUGAGCGCUCUGGCUCCAUGACCGCUGACUUCACCCAGAAGGCAUGUGCUGCAUCAGGCGGCUCGAUUGAUCCUAGCAGGAAGGGUAACCAGAAGUGCUGCAAUGUUCCCGAUGCCCGUCAAGGCGAGUUUAACAGCUACUGCUUUGAACAAAAGGCUGGAAACCCGAAUUACCGCCCCACGGCCCAGUCGUGCUAG